AUGGCGUACCGCAUGUUCUCCUUCGAAAUCGACCCGAAGGAUAUACCGCCGUACGAUGUCAAGGGCCUACGCAACGUGCCUGCCGUGAUGAAGGACGUGAAACGCGCAUACAGACAGAGGAAACGAAGCGACCUUCACCUUACCGAGUUCCUGCGCGUCUCUCAAGCUGUCGUCCAAAGCAUCAACAGAGACUUCGCCGACUCGAAGAGGGUGGAUGAGAAGACGGUGCGAGCACUCUUCAACGACGGCACUUUCGAGUACGCUUUCGACGCCUUGCACGAGCCGGGUUUCUUCGAGGAAUCGCAAGCGUCCUCGUCAACGAUGAUGCUGGGUAUCUUGUUCAGUCCAGUUGCUCUUGUAGACGAGCUUGAGAUAGUCGACCUUGCGGAACGCAUCGUCAACAAGUUGACGCCGGAGUUCUGGGAGUGGAUCUGGGGUCUCCGCCACAUGACGCUUGCACAUCCCUUGCGGCACGUCUUCAAGACCCUAUCACAUCUCACUGGAGCCUACGUUCGCUUGUGCCAGUUACUCGGAAAGGAGCGUUUGACCGCAGCUGUUCAGACUCGUGUUGUACAGUGGACCUUCUUCGCCUGGCUCAAACUAUCCUCAGAUUCCAGCGAGGACUGCGCACUUACCGGCCGUGACGCUCUGCGUAACUGGGGUAUCUUCCUCGAAGUGAAGGACGCCCUCCCCGAGCACAACGACUUCGUCACCCCAGAAUCCAAGUUCUACAUUGACAUUCUCGAGACAUAUGGUGCCGAGGAGAUCUAUAACAGACUCGUGUUCGAUUAUAAGGAUCCAGGAGCGCUCGCUUACAGCUACAAGUCUUUGAAUCAGUACUAUCAGCCGUCUAUAUCCAAGCUUCUAUGGAACCUAGGCGACUUCCCCGAGACCAGCGAUCACGUAGUUUCUUCUGGGAUCCUCACACAGCUGGUACGACGCAUUGAAGAUUAUUCCCACCCGCAUCGGCAUCACCGAGACUACAACAACGUCAUCGUAGUCUGGAGCGAUUGCGUCAAAAACUUUGCAAGGAACAUGGACUCAAGCUACAUCUUUCUUCCCGAGGAUUUUGCCAGCUAUUUGGCGCACGGUAUCAAUGCCUAUGCCCUAGAGCUCUAUGAGACGCAGGAGCAACGAAAAACGCACAUGGAGCGUGUGAUGACCUUGUUCAAGUACCUCGAGUCGUUCAGCACGUUGGGCGACGAGGCCGGGUACAUUCACUACAUGGACGGUUUAUACGAUCUUAGCGACACGCUGGUCGCUGCGAUCCAUCGCAAUGUCCAAAGCUACUUCGCGAAGAAUAGAGCCAGUAUAUUGGAGGAAGAGGCCCCGUCGAUUGGCAGUCGCUGGCUCAGCUUGACGUACAAGUUCCAUUGCAUGACUGGAGUCGACAUAGGCUACGCGAGGUCGGUGUACAACGACAAGCGUGAGUGGCUCUGCGAUUGGCAGCGCUGUCGGCACAACUGGGACCCUGUUACCGAUAAGAGACUCAAGCUUUGUCGAGGAUGUGGUAUAGCGCGCUAUUGCGGCUCGGAUUGCCAACGCCUGGACUGGAAGGCAGGUCGCCACAAGACCAUGUGCGGCAAAAGGAUCAAGGACCAUUAG